CCUCUAAAGGCUGUUGCAACUAAUCCUCUGGAGCUUACUCAACUCUUACUCCUUGUAAGAAGGUUUUACAAGCAGCACCAAUGCCCAAUAAUUCUCCCCAAACGACUCUGGAUCCUCUGUUUAUCCAACUGGAGGAGGAAAACAAAUCAAGGUGCAGAAGCUGAGAGAAGCAGAGAGGGGAGAACGCCAGAGCUGGGAGUUUUGAGGGAGUCGGACUGCCUCGGUGACAAUGCACUUCAGGGGCAGCGGUCCCACCUUACUGUUGCUGCUACCUCUUUGGCUACUGGGGAACGUGCUGGAGGUGGUAGGGCAGGAGCAGGGAUACAUGCAGGAGGCUUUCAGGGCUUUGAAUCUACCCCUGGGUGCCGAUGAUGAGCCACAGCUACUGAAGAACCACACCAGUAUCCUGAUCACCAAGCUCCUCCAGGCAGUGCACUGUGCAGAGCAGACUGGUACCUCUCAGGACGUUUGUGAAAAAUGCCUGACACCGGAUGUUGCUCUAUCUGUGCUGGAUGAUGAUCAGAAGGCUUACCUCACUUUAGAGGACUACCAGCAGAUCUCCAUUGUGCUGCUGUACUAUAUAAUAAACUUGCAAGAUCUGUGUGUGUCAAAUGCAGCAUCUCCUUCCUUACUUUCCGCCCCCUCCUCGUUUGGGAACUAUCAGCAUUAUCUUUUGGCUCUCACCGAUCUACACCCUGCUGAGGACAACAGCUUCUUAUCAUCCAGUGAAACAGAAAGUAUCUUGCAGAUUAUCAACCAGCACUAUGACCCCAGCGAACAAGAUACUCCUUCUGAUUUGCAAUGUGUUGAUGCAGUUCGCCUCUUUAAAGACCUUGAUGUCAAAGAAAUUCAAGGUGCUGGUGUGUCUUCGGUUCCAAAAAUGGCAGCAGCGAUCAUCAGCCAUAUGCUGCAGGGCCACUGUUUCAAGCCGAAGAACCUCCCAUCUCCUGCUUUCUUUACAGACUAUAUCUUUCAGUCCCUAAAUCGCACAAGUAACCUGCAGAUAAUAGACUUAGAGGAGUUGCUUCAUCUGCUUGGAGUAGGACAAAGUAAAAAGACACACUCUCAUUACUGGAAGAGGCGGAGCAUCACAGAGAGUUCACCGAACGGGGAUGAGCAUAUAACUGAUGGUUGCGAAGACCCGGAAAUAAGCCAAGACUGGGGAGAGGUGUGUUUCUCAGCCAAUCAGCUGGUGGAUAUUUUUGAUCUAAAUCCUACUUCGUCAAUAUCCAAGGAGCACUUCAGACAAAUUUGUCCAGCCAUCAUUCAGCAGUUGCUAGGCGAUGCCUGUGACUCUGCAGAGCAAAAAAGAAGGGAAGCUUUGCCCACUGCUUUUCAGAAGUAUGGCUACAGCACAGCUGCCGUCCUCCUCAUCACAGUUGGCUCCAUGCUUGGUAUUUGCCUUAUCUUCUUCAAUUCGUGCCAGGAAACCUACACCCUCAUCCUGCAGUUGUUUGUAGGCCUGGCUGUGGGUACCCUGUCAGGAGAUGCACUCCUUCACCUUAUACCACAGAUCCUUGGCCUCCACCAUGACUCUCACAGUCAUGGUGAUGAACUCUUAACAGAGGAAAAGGACUAUCUGUGGAGGGUUCUUGGCAUCAUUGCAGGGAUCUACGUCUUUUUCCUUAUUGAAAGGAUAUUUUCCUUUUUGGUUCCCUCUCAUGGCCAUUGCCAUUCUGGUGACGUUCCCUUACAGCUUAAAUGCAACGGUCAAACACAGAGGGGCAAGUCAAUCUCCACCAUUCAGCUGGGAUCAGUAGAAGACUUGGAGUGUGCAGAAGGAUCUCCUGAACGCAGAGACACAAGGAGGCCUUCUCAUCAGAACAAGCGUGAACAAGGGGUUCCUCUGCUGGCUGUGAUGGUAAUCGUGGGAGACAGCCUUCAUAACUUUGCUGACGGCCUUGUUGUCGGAGCGGCCUUCUCCUCUUCAGCUGAAACUGGCAUGGCGACCACUGUGGCCAUCUUGUGCCAUGAGAUCCCUCAUGAGAUGGGCGACUUUGCAGUGUUGCUCAGCUCUGGACUCUCGGUGAAGACUGCUGUGCUGAUGAACUUUCUCAGCGCUCUGACGGCCUUCAUGGGUCUGUACAUCGGACUGUUUGUGUCUUCUGAAAUGGAAGUGCAGCAGUGGAUCUUCGCUGUCACUGCUGGGAUUUUCCUGUAUUUGUCACUGGUAGAAAUGCUUCCAGAGAUGAGUCGAGUGAAGACCGACAGACCGCUCCUCAUGUUUUUCCUGCAGAACCUCGGCCUACUGAUGGGUUGGACGUGCCUUCUGCUCCUGGCUCUUUUUGAACAUGAACUCAAAUUCGAAAUGAAGUGAACAUCAUGUGCUUCUUAAUGCAGGGUUAAAUCCAUGUUUUCUAUGUUCUUCUUUUGUUUUUUUUCACCUGUUAAUUCCCACUUCCUGUUAAACACAUACAUUUUGAUGCGCAUACCUCCAGGGUGUAAGAGAAAAUCACUACUGGCCGAACAGAGUGUAUUCAUGAAGUAGUUUCCCCACUGAGUGAUAAAUGUAUGUUAACUGAAUGAAUCCUUUUUUUUUAUACUCUGAUUAUUUUUUGUAUGUUAGGUAACAUGGGCACCUGCAUCUUGACGCCAAGAAGUCCAAUGACAUUAUAUUUUGCAGAAUCAUAUUCAUUUGUGUAUAUCUUUUAUUAUGUGAAGUAUUACUGUCGCCUCCCACAAUCAUAUCAUUUAAGAUUGUACCUAUUUUAUCACUAGUAUAAUUUAAAGCAGGGGUUCCCAAAGUGUGGGUCGGGACCCCCUGAGGGGUCACAAGACACUAACAGGGGUUCAUGAGAUGUCUUCCAGAAUGAUUAUUUUUCUU